CAGUUUAUUGUUGACUUUGACAGUGAUACUAACGUCAAAAUUAAAUUUGUUUAUGUUCGAAGUUUAAAAUUCUGUUUAGAACAAAUGAUAAUCAUAAACUGGAAUAAAUAUGAGUGAAUUUAAAUUACAACAUAUUGUUUCGGAAUUACUUAAUGCUCUGGGAGGAAAAAUUACACCAAAUAGAUUAAUUGAAUAUCUACAAGAAAAUCAACACUCAGGAAAUUCAGCAGGUUUUUCUGUCGAACAGAAACAUCUAACUCGUUUAACUCAAGAUAUAGCAGACUCAAAUGCAUUUAUAACCAAAUAUAAUGAUCUCAAAGAUAAAAAUGUCGACUCAUUAGAUGCUUAUGUACAACUGCUAGAUAAUAUUUCACAAGAUUCCAGCUUAAAAGAUUUCUUGUUAAAAAGCAAUAGGCCAUCAACUGCUUCUGUUCCUGAACUCACAAGAGAUAAUUUGCCACAAAUUAAGAAUAAAUUAAAGAAGGCUGUAAUAAAGAAAACACAUCAUGAUGAUUCCCUAAAAAAUAUAUUAAAUACAUCGACUGUUCCAUUGGCAAGCACUCCUUCAGUAGCAUCUUGGGUGCAAAGAAGACCAACAAUGACAUGGGAUUUUUCUUUGUCCACUGCAUCUCGUACAAUUCCUACAGUACCUUCAGUAUCACAAGAGAAUGUAUUAAUAGAAGAUUUACUGAAUGCCUUAAUUGGUUUACCAGGAUGUUAUAUUGAACCAGAAGAAUUAAAAGAUGUAUAUGGUCCAAGGACAUUCAGAAUUAAUGACAAUGUUUCUUUAUCACUGAGGGAACUUAUCAAACAGAUAUUACCAUUAGCCAGCCAUUAUUCAAUUAUACAAAGAUUCACUGAAGAAAAGAUGAGAUUUGAAUAUGGUCAAGUUAACAACGCUCUUGCAGAGGCUAUGAAAAGCAUAAUCAAAGAUCAUAUGCUUUUUAUAAUACAACUGGAGAGCGAAUUUAGAAUGGCAAAUCUUACUCUCCAAAAACUUUGGUUUUUUGUUCAGAGAAAUAUGCAAAGUUUGGGAAUUGUUGCAAACAUAGCCAGUGCAAUAAGUAAGUCAGAUGCAAAAGGUGGUAAAGUACUGAGUUUACUUCAUGACCAUGUUAUUGGAUCAAUUGGAGAUGAAAGAGCCCAAGAAUUAUGUUUGAAGUUAAUGGAAGCAGCUUGUUUACCAUAUAUGAAAAUGUUAGGAAUGUGGAUAUACAAGGGGAUAAUUUCUGAUCCAAUAAGUGAGUUUUUAGUGGAAGAUAAUGAAGUGAUUCAAAGGGAGGAUAUGCCUGUAGAUUAUUCAGCAGAUUAUUGGGAAAAGAAGUAUGCUGUUCGCCGAGAGAGAAUACCGAAAUUUCUAGAACCUGUCGCUGAUAUUAUACUUAAAGCUGGAAAAUACCUUAAUGUUAUUCGACAGUGUGGUAAACAGGUAAAAAACAAAGUUCUGCCCAUACAAUAUAAAAUAGAAGAAAAACAUUACAUUGAAGCAAUAGAAAAAGCUUAUAUGUUCGCCAGUCAGACUCUUUUGGAUCUAGUCAUAAUAGAAAAGGAUCUCAUUGGAAGACUAAAAUCGGUUAAACACUAUUUUCUCCUGGAUCAAGGAGAUUUCAUUGUCACUUUUCUCACUUUGUGCGAGAAAGAACUUGUCAAAUACUCAUUUGAUGUUAACCAGGGUUGCAUCGAAUCUCUUAUGGAUCUGGCGUUAAGAUUAUGUAGUGCCAUAAAUGAUCCUUAUAAGGAUGAUUUAAGGACUGAAUUAUUGCAGUAUGAUUUACAAUUUCAGAUGUUUAAGAUACUCAGCAUUCAAACUAAUUCUGAACAAGAAUAUUGGUCACCAGCUGAACAGAAAAAACUUCUAAUGAUUCAAUCAUUCUCUUUCAACUAUGAAGUUCGUUGGCCACUUUCUCUUAUCUUAAAUCGUAAAUCUUUAGCUUGUUAUCAAAUGAUUUUCCGUCAUUUGUUUUAUUGCAAAUACAUUGAGAGAAUGAUCUGUCAAGUAUGGAAAUCAAAUAAAGUGGCUAAGAAAUUCCAAUUUGAUGAUGCACAACAUUACAGAGCUGCUUUUGCGUUGAGACAGAGGAUGUUACAUUGUAUACAAAAUUUGGAAUAUCACAUGAUGGUGGAGGUUAUUGAACCUCACUGGUGUACAUUUUUAAAUAAAAUUGGAAAGGUUCAAAAUGUUGACGAGAUUCUAUCUUGUCAUUGCGAUUUCUUAGAUAGCUGUCUUAAGGAUUGCAUGUUAACUAUACCGCCCAUAUUAAGUACAAUAAACAAAUUGCUGACUAUAUGUGAAGAUUUUUGUAAAUUUAUGCAGCAGAUGCAGCGAUAUUUUGUGGAGGCAGAAUUGGGCUCAUUGCCUAAUUCUAUGUACGAAUCUAAUACACAGAAUGAACUUGUUUUUCAAGGAACCACUGAACCUUCAGAACCGACUCUUAGUUUUAAGGAAAAAAUAGCAACAUUUGAUAUUUCUUUUUCUGGAACUCUAAUACAGUUACUAGACCAAAUUAAUGAACUUAACAGAGAUACCAGUGAACACGAGAGACUUUUCAAUUUAUUGUACAGAAUCCUUGCCCUAUGUCCUUCAAUUGAUGGUCGCUCCUAUGUCCUUAAAAUAUCGCCCUUUGUUACCUCAACAGCCUGACCAAACCCUCAAACUGUGGUUGGACUUCAAUUCAUACUAUAGCGGCCAAUUGCAGAAGUACGGCUUGAAUAGAUUGGUUAAAGAUUCUUCCGGUUAAUAUUUAUAAAAAUAUUUUUUUAUAUAUUUUCGUUGUUAAUUAUUAUUUGUUGUAAGUUAUAA